UCCGAGCACUCCUUCAGGAAUGAAUCUGUGAAUUCUGUGAUAUUUUCUUAAUUUUUUCCUUCUUUUUGUCACAUUUUGACCCCGUUUUCAGUGCCUCUACGACGCUCCUGUACUGGUAUGGUUUCAAGACGACAGAUAAGUCUAUGAAGAGCAAAUUAGGGGUCGAAAUUAGAGUGUGAGUGUAGCAGCUUACGCCAAGAUAAGUCGUAGAAGCAAGCGCAUUGUGAGUGUGCGUUUCUCGCACACUCGAAGAUGGUGGUGUGGGUUAUUGCUUGGUGUGUUCCUGGGGUGUUUAAUUGCAGCUGCUCUCUUCACCAAACUCGAUGGCUCAGACCCAACCAAUGUGCUGGGCCUCACACCGAGGGAAGUGCGCCUGGCUGAGAGAGUCAGGGAAAUGGAGCAGCAGAAUCAGCUGUUGAGAAGACAGCUGAGCAUCUCCCAGAAUCAGCUGAUCCAGGCAUGGGGUAAUGAGGGAGAGGAUGGGGCAGAGAAGAUAGGGGAAGGCACAGGAACAGGCGAACAAGGUGCUACUAAGUGCAAAGAAAAGGAAUUCGGUGUGCCAAAAUGCGAGGUGCUUCAUAUAGCUAUAGUAUGCGCGGGCUACAACUCCUCGCGCUCCGUCGUGACCCUUCUCAAAUCUCUUCUGUUCUAUCGCCGAAAUCCAUUGCACUUCCACAUGGUAGCAGAUGCCAAAGCACAAGUAGUCUUGCAUGCACUCUUUUCUUCUUGGAAUGUCCCUCAUGUUGAAGUGAGCUUUUACCUGACGGACAACCUUGCUGCCGACGUGUCCUGGGUACCCAACAAACACUAUUCCGGAGUAUUUGGCCUGAUGAAACUCACCCUCAACAAGGCUCUUCCACAGGCACUCAAGAAAGUCAUUGUUUUAGACACUGAUAUAACGGUGGCCACAGAUAUCGCUGAGUUGUGGAAUCUCUUCUCAAAAUUUGGACCAAAGCAGUAUAUUGGGCUGGUGGAGAAUCAGAGUGAUUGGUAUCUUGGCAAAUUGUGGAAAUCACAUCGUCCUUGGCCUGCGCUUGGUCGUGGAUACAACACGGGCGUGAUCCUCAUUCGCCUGGACAUCAUGCGGCAAAGCAAUUGGUCCCAGAAAUGGAAGCUGAUAGCAGAGAGGGAUCUGACGACGCUCUUCUCAACGCAGCUGGCCGAUCAAGACAUCAUCAAUGCUGUCAUUAAGCAACAUCCAGAAAUUGUGUAUAAUCUCCCUUGCCAGUGGAAUGUCCAAUUAUCUGACAACACCAGGUCCGAGUUAUGUUACUUGGAGGUCACAGAUUUGAAGGCAAUCCACUGGAACUCGCCAAAGAAAUUAAAAGUGAAAAACAAGCAUGUCGAAUUCUUCCGCAACCUCCAUCUUACUUUCCUGGAGUAUGAUGGCAACCUUCUUCGUCGGGAGCUGUUUGGGUGCAAUCAUUCAAGGUCCAUUACUGUGCCUAAUCCUCUGUCUCAGCUGAAUGAGGAAGAUGAGUGCUAUGAAUUCCGUCGUGCGAGGCAAACAAACUACAGAACACACUUGUUCUUCCUCGACAACGAGUAUGAUCCGACACCAGAUGGUUUUGAUGUGACGCUCGUGGCUACAUUGUCCAUGGAUCGUCUGCAGAUGGUGGAACAGUUACUGAAACACUGGGAUGGUCCUGUGAGCCUCACGCUAUACAUGUCUGAUGCUGAGGCUCAGCAGUUCCUGUCGUAUACACAGAGUUCAGAGAUUAUUGCAAGCCGGAAGAAUGUUGCAUAUCAUGUGGUCUAUAAGGAGGGGAAUUUUUAUCCAGUGAACUUCCUAAGGAAUGUAGGAGUGCAGCAUGUAAAUACUCCAUACGUCUUCCUAACAGACAUAGACUUCCUUCCGAUGUUAGGGUUAUAUUCAUAUUUAAGGAAAACACUACAGAAUCUACAUCCUGAUGAUAGUAAGAAGGCUUGGAUUGUGCCGGCUUUUGAAACACAGCGCUAUCGUCUUUCAUUUCCCCGCAGUAAAGCAGAACUCCUGAAUAGACUCGAUAUGGGAGAGUUAUUUACAUUCAGGUACCACGUUUGGACAAAAGGUCACGCUCCAACUAAUUUUGCCAAGUGGAGGACUGCGACCACUCCGUAUAAGGUGACUUGGGAACAGGAUUUUGAACCCUACAUUGUUGUACGCAAAGAUGUUCCUGAAUAUGACACUCGAUUUGUAGGUUUUGGAUGGAACAAGGUGUCACAUAUCAUGGAGUUACACGUGAUGGGCUUCGACUUCAUUGUCCUUCCAAACUCCUUCAUCGUCCACAUGCCUCAUGCCCCUAGUCUUGACAUUGCCAAAUUCCGUACAUCUCCACAGUACAAAAGAUGUGUCAAGAUUCUGAAGAGGGAGUUUGUGGAUGACCUCAAUAGGAAAUACAAUAGUGAUAUUUCUCUACAGUGAAAAUGCAUUUAUUCGACAAGGAAAUUAUCCAGGUCUUCCUUCUAAGAAUAUGAUUUAUUUUUUUCUGGUAUCCAGAAUGUUAAGGAAGUUUGUGAAAGUGAAACAGAAUUAUUAUAGUAAUCACAGCCUUUUUUAAGAUGAUCAUAUUUCAGAUUUUAUGAUAUGCUUAUAUAUUUUUGGAAGAUAUUUACAAACCAAAUAUGUAUAAUAAAUAAGUCCUGUUUAUGGCAAUAAGUAUUUUGUGAUGUGAUGUCCACGCAAAACCUUGCAUUUGUCUUUUGUCGCAAAUUACAAUCUUGUAAUUAGUAUAGAGAUAUCUUGGUUUUGCUUGAUCAAAUACGUGCCAAUAUUAAUGCUGGAAGUGAAGGCAUUUUUCUCCAUUUUCAUGCACAUCGAAUUUAUCAAGCUUUGCUUUUGUUUUUUAGUUCUUAAUUUAUCACAGAUGUACUGUUAUUAUUAUUAUUACCACAGUUAUUAUUUUUAUCAGUGUUAUUAUUGUUUUUCCUUUUUAAGCUGUAUAUUCACAUUUUAUUUAGGGAAAUUUCAGCAAUUGGUUGUUUUUGUUUAUGUAAAAAUUUGCAUUUUAAUUGGGUGCUAAUAGUUGAAUGACUUAGAUAAGGUUGGGAUUUGAAAUGCGAAUAUUGCUUUCAUAAUAGAGGUUUCACAUUACUGUCUUGUAUGUUAUAUGUGGAAUUAUUGCAUGUUACUUUUUUUUUUUUUUUUUUUUUUUUUUUUUUUAAGGGAAGGGAUUAAAAGCAUCAGAAUAACAGUAACAAAGAAAGAAAGAAGAAAAAGAAGAAUGCCUGCCAUCCUUUCCUAAAGAAUAACUGAAGGGGAGAGAAUUGCUGACAACAAAAGGCGUAAUUGUCUAAUACUGGAAGUGAAACAGGAGCACUUAUUCACGUCAGUUUCCUUUAUUCAUUACUCAGAGAUCUUUCAGAAUUUGAGGUAAUGUUGAUGUAUGCUGCUAUUCAGAGUUCAAGAUACUAGUUACCAUGUACUUAUAAUGACUUUGAUUAUUGAGUAUCUGAGAUAAUAUUAUGGAAUAUUUGGUAUCAUGAAACAUUCAUAAAUGAAUUCUCUGUAGUGGAAUAUUUCCUUUGCAAUAUUUCAUUUGUACAUUACUUAUUUACAUAUAGGUUUGAAACAGAUCUUGUAAUAAUCGUAAACUCAUCAAGCGUCGACAGUCCUUUUUCAUUAAAGUUAGUAUAUAUAGAUGAUAUCCUGUGAUAUUGAAGCAGAGAUUAUUGUCUGUAUUCAUUUAUAUUACAGUGCCUUUUAGGAAAUUAAAAAGCAUUUUACAAGAGGUUAUGUAAUUUUUAUGAGAUGAACUUUUCCUUGUUGUGUUAAGAGUCUUCAUUGGUUCUGAAACUAGAGUAAAGAGGUUAUUCUCAGUGUAUUAGAUUUGGGAAGAUGAAGUACGAUGAUGAAAAUGAGAUCUGUUCCAAGCUGAGUGUUUGACAAUUUUUUUUAAAGAUAUUGAAGGUUAUUUGUAUCAUUGUAAAAGCGAAUUGUUCACAAAUGAUACUCUCCUUGUGUUUUGCAUAAGGAGUUACCGCAGGGGAUGAUGUAAUUGUGAGACUGAAGUAUAAAGCAGGAAGAAAGAGCGUGUGUCAUUUUUUCGAAAGAAGAGAGCUAAAUGCCGACCAAAGUGAUUAUAAACUGGUAGAUCUGAAUGUUUUCCUUUUUUGCAUGUCUGGCUUAUCUGAAGUUAGAAAGUUUUCUAAUUUCUGAUUGCAUUUGAUAUAUUGAUUAUCAAAUUGGAAAUGCCUGUUUUUAAUGUACUUUAUAUUAAACUGUUGUACCUUUCAUAUAUAGGUUGUAUUAUCUUGACUAAUGAAAAUAGAGCCCAGUUUUCAUCAUUUUGAAUAAUUACGAAAAGAAAUUGGAAACUGUACCUUUUAUGAUAUAAGAAAUAUUUUUGCUAACAUAAAGAAUCCAUGGAAUACCUUCUCUUGGCAGUGGAUGAAUGAGUAACGUGGUUUUAUGUCUUCCCGCUUAUUACUAUUUUUGUGUUGAUUUCCAAGUUCUCUCACUGAUGGAAGGAAGGCCAAUUGCAUAUCCUUGUAAUAUGAUGGAGGAAAAACUAAACAUUUUAUUUAUUGAUGCAUUUAGUCACUGUACAUGUUAAAGUUGUCAGUAAAUAACAAACAACACAAGAUACAGUUUGUUAAAGUGAUGUGCAGCUAAUUAUCAUUUUUUUUCCUCGUUUUUUCCAUAGCAAUAAAAUGAAUUACAAGGAGUUAGUUUGAUCAUAAAGGGGCAGAUAAAAUAGGUCUUGUUUUGCAGGAAAGGGUUGAUAACUGCAUAGAAGGCAACUAAAAUCAACAAGUUCUUGACUACAGCCAGAAGGUUCCUAUAUUUCCAAGUAUUCUUCUAGUCUUACUAAUAGGUUAUCUUCUCAGUACCUGUUCAGAUGACUUGUAGUUUUAUUUUGAUACUUCUUACAAUAUUCUGGUUUUAAAGAACUUGAUGAUGAAGGUUGGUUUUGAAAUGGAAGAGAAUAGAAAAGUUUUUAAUUGGCUGUUUUCUUUCUAAGAUGUGAAUACACUGUAAUGUGUUAGGGUACGUGUUUGUGGUUAUGUGUAUGCAUGCCUUUGUAUGUGUGUGUAUACUGAUGUCUGUGUAAAUCUCAUAUGCCAAAUUAAGUACAGUAAUUGGAUUGUGCAAACAGUUUUGCUUUUGUGUGUUCAGAAUCUAUUCCAAGUUAAACAAAUAUUUUGUGCAAUGACCAAGUUAUUCUUUUCAUAGUAAACUUAAAUAACAUAUUAAGUUCCUGUAAUCUUUACAAAUUCAUGAGUUCAAAUAUUAUUUAGCAUCUGUGAUUAACCCAAGGUUCAGGAAACUGUUCCUGUAAUUUAUUUCUCUUUACCAGCAAAUGAAAUACACAUUCAUCCUUUGAGAAUCUCAGAAAUAGCUUGACUGUCAUUUUUAAGAGCAGUGAUUCUUUUCUGCAGUUGGAAGGCUAUAACAAAUGUUGUGGCCUAGAAUGAAAAAUAAUUAUACAUAAAAGCAAGUCCUGUGUGAACUUGUUUCAUCCAUAGCUGUGGCAGUUAAUUAAGGAACAAUUUACCAACACAUUCUUACCAUACCUUUUUUGUUUUUUAACAACACUUAUUACUUUGAAUUUAGAUAUCAAUAAGACCAAAAAAUAAAAUAAAAUAAAGCAUCAAAACAAGGCUUUUAGAUGUUUGCAAUGCCAUUAUUAAGCUGCAUUAGUUAUGAAUGCAUUAGGCUUCUACUUUGGUGCUUACUUACAUUAAGUAAUUGCACAUUCUUCUCCGCUCGAUAGUAGGGUUUACCAAAGGUGGUUUUGAAUAAAACGAGGCUUCCCGUCAUAUAUUCAGGGAGGCUGGUCUGAGGAGUACUGUAUGGGAUCCAUUAACAGGUGAUGAGUCGGUGAAUUGGUGACUUUUCACUUGCUUCACUGGUAGAGUAGAUUUACUCGGUAUCUUUUAGUUAUUUAAGUAUUUAUAUUCAGAAUAUUGAUCUUAACCUCCAUACCAAAUUUUUUGUUUUAAGUUGUGACUAAUUUGAUAGUUUACUUAUUUUUUUUAUUAUUACUUAUUUUUAUAUUAUUUACUGUAUAUCUUUUUUUCUUUUUUUUGUAAAUUGAAAUAAGAACUAUAUUGAUAUAAUGAUUAAUUGUAGUUCAGAGCAAGCAAAUUGGUUGUAUAGCUCAUAUAGUGGCAAUAAAACCAUCCAUUGCAGGAAAAUUGGUCAUAAUUUUACAGUCACAUGUUAAGAGCACAAGUGUAUUUUUUUAAUGAGCUUCUGGUAAUGUGAGAUUUUUUUUCUCUCUAUAUGUUUUGCGAUUUUCCAGUAAUGUAUGAGUAAUUUUACUAUUUAAUAAAUAUAUGAUUAGUUUA